GCUGGUGUGGAUGACGCCACUCGUGAUGGUUAAGGAUGAUAAGGGCGACUUCUACAUCGGAGCCUUAAGUGCAGGCUGCAUAGUCUGGGGCAUACUGAUCGGUACUAUGGGGCUCCAGAUUCCGGCCACGCUUCUUGCAUGGACUACGACGCAGGAAGACCUGCCGCUUGGAGAGAAUGAAAAGAGAUGGACAAUUUACUUCAAAAAGGAGCCUCAGGGUCCAAGGACGUUUAGCGGUUUCCUCGUCCUGCUCCGAGCUGUCGCCAACGGAAGUACCCUGAUCUAUUCCGCAUGGGUUCUGCCACCCCGUGAUCCCAGCAAGAACCUCAAUCUUUCAAAGUUCCUGCUGGCUUGGCUUGAAGCUCCCCUGGCUUGCUUGAUGGCUUUGGCUUGCAUCUAUUCGCUGGCCAUGAUCUGCCUUCAGCCGAAAGAAUCAAAGGAGUCAAGGCACUAUGUUGAGUUUGCCAGAAGGGUCCGACGGCUUGGGCGGUUUUCAGCCUUGUCCAGCUUGCCGUAUGCAAAUCCUGCUGCAUUGUUGGCCCAGCUUCAGGGUGCAGUGGAUGAUUUCUUUCAACUGAAAAUGCUGAGAACAAAAGAUGACCAAGACUUUGGCCUUAAUGUGACAAAGGCACGCAAGAUGAAAAAGACAGAUCUCUUGUCAAAACUCUGCGAGUUGAACUGGCCGCAGCUCUUUGGGCUUGGCUAUGUGGUCUUCUCGCAGAUGGUCUAUGUUUCUCUCUUUGCCUGUGCCGCUGUAGGUUCUGUGGUCGUCAAAACAUCGCAAGUGAGCUUCAUCUCGGAGAAGCCAUGGCACGAUUGGACAGUUGCUGAGGGAAUCCAACUUGCAUCGUUCAUCAAUGCCCUCAGCGGACUCGGUUUCGAUCCAAACGUCGUUGGGCUUGUGAAGGUGCUGCGAGAGCGAUAUGGACGAUAUGCACAUCUCAAGGAGAAGCUCGAGUCCCUCAAGGAUGUUGAGUUGGUGGCUUCCUGGCAGAGGCAAGUGAUAAAGUGCGCCAAGAAGAUUGAGGACCCCAAGAAGAGCCAGCUGUCUCUCAUCAUGUGUGCGCUCACGCUUGACCUGAAAGACUGCUGUGAGAUCAUGGAUCCAGAGUACGGGGACGAGGACUGCGAG